AUGGAUUUUAAGAAUUGUAUGCUUAUCACGCUUGCGUUAUUUUCAAGCACAAAAGCAUUACCAUUAUAUGAAGCACAUCAAGAAAGUCCUGCCCAACAAUAUGUAUUAAAGCAACAACAACCAGUGUAUUAUACACAACAUAAGGAAAUUCAAGCUUCCCCUGUACAAAUUGAAAAACAACCAAUUGUCUAUGCACAUCAUAAAAUUGAGGAACCAGAACAUUAUGGUCCAGCCAAAUACGCUUUUGAAUAUAGUGUACAUGAUCCACAUACCGGUGAUAUUAAAUCACAAAAAGAGACACGUGAUGGUGAUUCUGUUAAAGGAUACUAUACAUUAGUUGAAGCUGACGGAAGACAUCGUACCGUACAAUAUACGGCCGAUAAACAUAAUGGAUUCAAUGCUGUUGUAACUUAUGAUGGAAAACAACAACAUCCUUCAGGAGGAAAUUUACAUCACCAUCAUCAACAACAUUAUUCAGGUGUAUCAGUUCAAAAAUAUAUUCAACCAGUUGCUCCAGUUGUACCAGUUCAAAAAUAUGAAGUACCAGUUGUACAAAAAUACGAAGUACCAAUUCAAAAAUACGCUGAAGUCCCAGUUCAACAUUAUGCCGCUGCACCAGUUCAAAAGUAUGAAGAAAGUCCAGUACAUUCGUACGCUAGUGCGCCCGUAGCUGUACAAAAAUAUGAAGCACCAAUCGUACAACAAAAAGUUGUAAUUAAUGGUCAAGACAAUCAAAAAGAUGGACUAGCACACAGUUAUAUUUAUGCAUCAUACCCAACAGAUUUAUCUGAAGUGCAUGGAGCUAAUCAUCAUACUACCAGCCAAGCGAUUAAAAAUAAUAUUAGUGAUUAUAAUUCAGUGAAACUGUUAAGUACUCAGAUUCAAAAUCAAAAUUUAUUUAUAAUGGCUUUUAAGAUAUUUUUUGCAUUUGCUCUUGUAGCCGUAGCAUCUGCUGUAGAACAUGCCGCCACAUCACACAGUAUCCACCAUUUUUCAGCACCACAGUAUGUGCAUGCUCCAGUCGAAUAUAAAGCAGCUCCUGUUUAUCAUACAGCACCUGUAGCUUUGAAAAAAGUUGUGAUCGAGCAUGAAGAAGAAUAUGGUCCAGCUCAUUAUGAAUUUGCCUAUGCCGUGCAUGACGAACAUACUGGUGACAUUAAAGAACAAAAAGAAACACGUAAAGAUGAUACUGUUGAAGGAUACUAUACCAUGAAAGAAGCUGAUGGUACUCGUCGUAUUGUCCAUUACACAGCUAACAAACAUGAUGGAUUCAAUGCUGUUGUAACACACGAAGGAAAACCAACUGAAGCACCACAAAUUAUUAAAGCUGUACCAACUUAUUAUAAAGCAGAACCUGUUUUAUAUAAAUCAGAACCAGUUGCCUACAAAGCUGCACCAAUUGUUUAUAAAUCUGAACCUGUAGCGUACAAAGCUGCACCAAUUGUUUACAAAUCUGAACCUGUUGCGUACAAAGCUGCACCUUCAUUAGCAUACACUUCAUCCUUAUCACAAAAGAGUGCUCAUAUUGAAGCAGCUCCAUUAUAUCAUGUAUCAUUCGCCGGACCACAUCAUGAAUAUCAUUAUUAAUUUACUAGUUACU